UUUUUCCUUUCGGUGUUAAUGAAUAAUAUUGGACUACAUUUAGGACUCUCGGGAACUAAUAAAGUGAAUCUUGGGAGACUUCAUGGAAGAGGUAGCCCUUUAGAAAGGGGGUAGCACUAGAUCAAACCAGAUAAAUGUUUGUUUAGACAAGAUAGAGGAAUGAAGAAAGAAACAUGUGUACAGAAGAGAGUGGUUAGGUUUGUUUAGCAAAGAGUAGAAAGUCUGAAUUGUGUUGUUGAUUUAGGUAACGGGAAUAGGGCAGCUAGUGGAGGCUUGCUGAAGACUUCCUAGCCUGAGAUGAGAGUGUUUGCGCAGGCCAGUGGUUCUCUCAGUGAGGGAAAGAAUGAGAGUUAUUGGAAGAAUUCACUAAUGUCCCUCCCACUGGUCUUCCCUGCGGUGCUGGUAUUUGGCCUGGGAGUGUAGCCCUUUAAAUGUUCCUUGCUGGUAUGGGAGGAGCUGGUUGCCUUGGCAAAGGGCCUGGUUUCCAUGGAGACUGGGUAUGGCUCACAAGGUGGUAGCUGUUGUAAUUAAUAGCCCCAUGACUUGGGAAGUGGCUCCAACUGAAGAUCACCAGAUUCUAAAAUAUCUGGAGUGAGCGCCUCCUCACAACAGGCAUCUGCAGAAGCCAGCCCUGAAUCCUUUUUAUGCCUUUGAGGCACAUUCCACUCAUGGAGGUUAAUGAGGAUAAAGAUUCAGGGCUGAGCCUAGGACUCCGGGAUUUGGUCCCAGCCUGAGUGCCUCAGCCUGAACUUGGCCCAAGUUUGCAGGGAAUGUGUGCCCCAAGCCAGGAUUGAAGGAACCGCUUGGGGCUUGUCUGUUAUAGCAAAGGUAUAACCUAAGCAUGGAGCCGGAACAAAGCAGUAUAAGCCCGUGAGCAGGGAGUGGAGGGAUAGCAUGCCCAUUUUGCAGCUAAGAAGUGAAGCCCAGAGAAGCGGGGAUUUGUCUGAGGUUACCCAGCAAGAAUCAGAGGGCCCCGAAACAGACCGCCUGGGACGUGGCCUACAUCGAGUUGAGUGUUGAUACGGCAGGGAUAGCUGACCUCAGGAGUGACUAUCUGAGCUGCCCCUUGGAUGAAGCCGGAUCUCUGCUGCCUAACCCUUUCCCCAGAUCACUCCUAACAGACCCUCCCACAUCCCAGAUAAAUAAAAGCUUUUAAGGCUUCAGGCCUUUGGCCCCUAUUCCCUAUGGAGCCCCUCGGGGAGAGAGCUGGGCAGGGUGACCGAGUGCAUAUCACAGCCCCGAUGCUUAAAGCUUUGACCGGUGAGUUUUCCCUGGAGUCCAUCUUGCUGCUGAAACUUUGUGGUUUGGGGCUGGUAGACCUAGGCUGCCUCGGAGAAUGUUUGGGGCUGGAGUGGCUGGACCUGUCUCGUAACAUCCUCACCCACCUGGGACCCCUGGCCUCGCUUCGGCAGCUGGCUGUACUCAAUGUCUCUGCCAACCGUCUGACAGGGAUAGAACCACUGGCCUCUUGCGAGAGCCUGCAGAGCCUCAAUGUGGCUGGGAACUUGCUGGCCGGGGUGGGCCAACUGCAGUGCCUGGCAGGCCUUCAGCGGCUGGAACAUCUGAGGCUCCAGGACCCCUUGGCACGGCUUAGCAACCCGCUCUGCAACAGCUCUUCCUACAGGGCUGACGUAUGGGAGCUGCUGCCUGGCCUCAAGGUCAUUGACGGGGAGCGGGCGUCAGGUAAGGGCAGUGAGUUCUACCAGUUGUGCAGGGACCUUGACAAGUCCUUGCACAGGAGCCCGGGACCUGUCGCUGACCUUGCCUCCUGUGAGGCCAAGCCCUGGGUGGAGCCCAGCUACUGGAAGUCCCCACAGGACCAGGACAACUCCAUCCUGGAAGAUGCCUGCCGCCAGUUCCAGGACACAGUACAAGAAUUUCAGGAGCUGAGCCAGAAGGCUGAUGAUACUCUAGCCCAGGCAGAAAAGGCCCUUCGACCUGCCAGUGGGAACUCGACUUCCUUUGUCUUCUAAACCCAGCCAAGUCCAGUGUUGAGGGCAGGAGGGAGGGAGUGGUUGGAGAAGGGACUCACUUAACCCAAGGUCCCUCACGUGCCCCAGGCCUCGAAGAAUUCUCCAUAUAGUUCCACAAAUCUCACUACUGGCCCCACAGAUUAUAUCCAAAUAGUUUUGUCCACCUUAUUUAAUGUCUCCAUGCUCAUUUAAAGGAAAACCAAAUCUGGAUCCGCAUUCUUGUGGGGCUAUAAUAGUCUAACCAUCUUCUUUCUGUCUGUAUGGGCCCAUAGAUAAGCCAUGCAUUCCAGGACUUCUGAGUGUCUUGUGCCUCCCUACCUCCUCCCCAUUUUCACAAGACUGAUGCCAUGAAAUAAGUGCAUGACUGAGUUGAUCCUCUGUAUCCCCCUCUGUAUCCAAGAGCUAUAGUGGGGUAUAAGCUGAAUAUGUAAAGGCUUCAUGAAAAAUAAAAUAUAUUAUCCUGGUAAAAAA